CAUUCCAAUUUCCAUCACCGAUUAAGAGUAGUGGUGUGCUGCUACUACCUUCUCUUCAACUAGGACUCAACAUGGCAACGGCAUCGCACGCUCAAGCUGUCAAGUCUCUUAACAAAUCUCCCGGCCGCCGCCGCUUCGUCUUUAAAUCCUUUUCUGAGAGAGUAGAUGAGAUUGAUAUCAACGUCUAUCGGAGUCUUGAGAAGGUUAAAGCUGAGCCGUCUGAGGGUUCCUCAUUUUUCAGAGACUGUCUUAUAGAAUGGAGGGAGUUAAACACUGCCGAGGAUUUCAUCACAUUGUAUGAAGAGAUUCUACCUUGUACACAAUCAUUGGCCUUGGUUCUCUUGCACAAGGAAUCCUUAAUCUCAAAACUUCUUUCUAGGUUGCACUUGAAAGCAAGGCUAUCUGUUGAGCCUAUUCUCAGGUUAAUUGCAGCAUUAUCCAGAGAUAUUCUGGAAGAAUUUGUUCCGAUGUUGCCAAGAAUUGUUGAUUCUUUGGUAUCUCUUCUCAAAAGUGGGGGAGAUAGGGAGCCAGAUCUCAUUGAGCAGAUCUUCACAUCAUGGUCAUAUAUUAUGAUGUAUCUUCAGAAAUAUUUAAUUCACAACACCACUGAGGUGCUCAAGGUCACAAAAGAUUUGAGGUAUUAUCCAAAGGAAUAUGUCCAACAAUUUAUGGCUGAAGUAAUGUCGUUUGUCCUGAGAAAUGCCCCGGAGGAGCAGCUUAAACGAGGAAUUGGAAGAAUCAUUGCUGAAGCAGUGAAGGAUCCAUCUGCCUGCAGUGAAUCAGCUGUUGGAGAAUUGCUUUAUAAUAUAAUGAAAGGUUACUCUUCAAGGUUCCAUUCGAAAGCAGAGCGAGUUAUACAGUUAUUGACUAGCAAAGCAAUUUUUUCUAUUGGUGAUAAAGCCAUCAGAAAAAGGGCAAAUUUUGUUACUGAUGAUAAAGCUAACCAAGAGUCCAGGUGUACCGUUUUGGAAAUUGUAAAAUCCGCUUUUAAUAAAUUAUGUGACAGGAUGGAGGCCAAAGAGCUGAGUUUGGUAUGGGAUUUCUUAUAUAAGGAAAUAAGUGAAUGUGUUAGUAGUGGAGAUGUCAAGCAUUUAAGACGCAUUUUAUCAGUUCUAGUUUCCGCUGUGAAGAUGCAAAAUGGGCAAAAGGUGUCUGAUUAUAAGCCUAUGCUUGAACUUGUUCGGCUGCUUGUGAGAACCUUUAUCGCACCAGAUGGAUUUGUUGAGUCACAAGAAGACCUACAUUUGGUGGUUAAUGAGAUUUUGGAAUUAAUGUUGGUCAUUCUCAGUGGGCUCUGUAGUUACAACCCAUCAACGAUAUCAGAGUGCGCGUUACAGUGGGAUCCAAUUUUUAAAUCAGGAAGCUCACGUUUGACGGACUUUAUCAGACAACUGCUACAAAAGGAACUUUGUGCACUUGCUUUUGGAAGUAAUGUUAUAAGAGCAAUAAAUGAUCUAAUGGAGAGUUCAGAAGAAGAGGCGAUACACCUGUUACAGUACUUCUGCGAGAAAAUGCAAUUAAGUACACAGAAGUUGGACUUUCUGGAUGUAACAGGCGUAGAAGCAUUAGCUAGUUUAUCCAACCGUUUGCAAGGGGCUAUCAGUAACUGGAUUGAUAAAAUAAAUGAUAUUUCAUGUACCGGUGUAUCAGAAAAUAAUAAAAUUGAUGAAAAAGGAAUGGCACGGAUAUGGGGGAUUGUGAGCUGCUAUUCUCAUAUGUCUAUUGUUGAGACCAAUCCAUCCUUGUUGCUGAAUCUCAUGGAUGCUAUAGAUCAGCUUCUGACGGUUAAAGCUGACUAUAUUCAUUCAACUAGAAAAGCCUGGGAAAGCAUUAUAGGUUCUUCGCUGAGUUCUUAUAGCAGGCUGUAUAGCUACAGCAGGAUUGUAACUGAUGAAACUGGAAGGUUUUUAACUCUUGCAAAACGAUACAAGUCAUCUUCACAAGUCUUGUUGGGUGUUGCUGAUUAUUUGGACUACAAGUAUGGCCCUCUGGAAGACCAUGGGUCUAUUAUGUGUCAUUCAGAACUUGUAAAAGGGAUUACAAGUGCAGUGACAGAGUUCGCUGAUAAUUUACACGAUCCAUGCAAGGAGAUUCGCAUUUCAACUCUUAGAAUACUUUGUCGUUACAAAGUUGGUUGUGAGACUUCAUCAGGAGAUCAGCCUCCUGAGAAGAAAAGGAAAACUGAAGUUUCUCUGAUUUCAAAAGUAAAUUGCACAGGAUAUAAUGCUCUUGUGUUGCUCCUGUUGAUUGAAAAAACUCCUAUUUCAAUAUCUACAAGCAGAAGCAUUCAGCAAUUGAUCUCCAAGAUACAGAUGGACCUAUCUGCUGGAAGGAUUCCGCAAUUAUAUGUUCUUCUUGUUUUGAAUGGAUUGUUAGGCAUCUUGAAUAAUCGAUUUAGCGACCUUUGGGAUCCUAUAUUAGAAUGUAUUGCUGUAUUGAUUAGCAAACAUUUUUCACUGGUAUGGGAUAACUUCAUUGGUUAUCUGGAAAAGUGCCAAUUAAAACUACGUACCACUUUCAACUUGCAUGAUGGUGUCAAUGGUGCAUUACUUGAUCAACCAACGUGUCUACUUGAUUGUUUUGAUUUAUUUGUCAAUCUUGCGUAUGAUAGUACGCCGACUGUAGCAAUAUUAUCACUCUUGCUAAAAGCUUUACAGAAAAUUCCAAGUGUUGUUGAACCUCGCUCCCGGCAAUUCAUUCCUUUAUUUUUGAAGUUUUUGGGAUACGAGACUCAUGAUCUUGAAAGUGUAGGGCAGUUUGAGUCAUGUGCUUGCAAAGGCAAAGAGUGGAAGACCAUUUUGAAAGAAUGGUUAAACUUGUUCAAGCUGAUGAAAAAUCCCAAGUCAUUCUACUCAGGUCAAUUUCUUAAGGAGGUCCUGCAGAACAGGCUUCUUGAAGAAAGUGAUCCUGAGAUACAAAUGAGAGUUCUGGAUUGCCUGUUGAUCUGGAAAGAUGAUUACCUUUUGCCAUAUGAUGGACAUCUGAGGAACUUGAUCAAUUCCAAAAAUUUAAGGGAGGAACUAACAGCAUGGAGUCUAUCGAGAGAAUCAGGCUUCAUUGAGCAAUGUCACCGUGCUUAUCUUGUGCCAUUAGUUAUUCGUCUUCUAAUGCCAAAAGUACGAAAGCUUAAAGGACUUGCAUCUCGAAAGAAAGCAAGCAUUUGUCAUCGGAAAGCUAUUCUAAGCUUCUUGGCUGGACUAGAUGUCAAUGAGCUGCCACUUUUCUUUGCAUUACUGGUAAAGCCAUUGCAAAUAGUGAAGAAAAAUGAUGGGAUUGUGAACUUGUUUUGGACCUUAUCUGGAGGCUCCAUUAGUGAAUUUCAAGCGUUAUCUUUGUUACAAUAUUUCACUUUGGAAAAUAUGGUAACUCUACCCUGGAAAAAGAAAUAUGGUUUUUUGCAUGUCAUUGAAGACAUUGUUGGGGUUUUUGAUGAAAUGCAUAUUAGCCCUUUUCUUGAUCUAUUAGUGGGGUGUGUUGUUCGAGUAUUGGAGAGCUGUACUUCAAGUCUUGACAAAGCAAAAGAACCAAACAGGCUUCCUUUAGAUCAAAGAAUGUCUGGCAUCAAUGUAGAUUCCCUUCAUAAGGACACUGGGCUUCCUACAGAUCAAAUCAAUUCUGGGACCACUGCUGAUCCCCUUCUAGAGGAUGGUGGGCUUUCACUAGAUAGUGUUGAUUUUGGGACUAAUAUCAAAUCCAUUCAAGAGGACAGUGAUCCAGAAAAUCAAAUUGUGAGUGGAAAUACUUUGAAGCAACUCAAGGAUAUGAGAUCUCUGUGCCUGAAAAUUGUUUCUGUUGUCCUCAAUAAAUAUGAAGAUCAUGAAUUUAGUUCUGAUUUGUGGGACCGAUUCUUCUCUGCAGUAAAAUCACUGAUUGCUAAAUUCAAACAGGAGACUGCUACUAGUGAGAAACCAAGUUCACUGUUGUCUUGCUUUGUGGCCAUGAGUGGAAACAAUAAACUGGUAGCACUAUUACGCACAAGGGAGAGUCUUGUACCUGAUAUAUUUUCAAUUAUCUCUCUCAAAUCAGCUUCUGAAGCUGUACUAUAUAGUGUUAUGAACUUUGUUGACAACUUGUUAAGCCUUGACAAUCAAUUGGAUGAUGAAGACAAUCCUGCUCGGAGAGUUUUGCUUUCACAUAUUAAAGCACUUAUAGACAGCAUGUGGUGUUUAUUUGGAAGUGAUCGUUCAGUCAAGAGAAAGCUGAUCAGAUCUCCUGGGGAGACAGUGAUGAGAAUUUUCAAAUUCUUACCCAAGUAUAUCAAGGAGUCAGAGUUGGCAAAGAAAUUUGUGGAAAUAUUGCUUUUGUUUAUAGGAAAGAAAACUGCAAGUUCUGAUUUAUGUCUUGAAGUUUUGCAAAUCAUUCAAAAUAUUGCCCCGAUAUUGGGAGAUGGAAGUACCGCUAAAAUUCUAAGUGCGCUUUCUCCUUUAUAUAUUUUGGCUGAGCUGGAUAUGCGUUUGAGAAUCUGUGAUGUUCUUGACGCCCUUGCAGCAUCAGAUGCAUCUGUACUCUCAGUGGCAAAGAUACUUCGCCAGCUGAAUACAACAUCAACUCUGGGUUGGCUUGAUCAUGAUGCCAUUUUGGAUGCUUACAGGAUAAUCGAUAAUGAUUUCUUUGCAAGUGUUCAAGUUGAACAUGCAUUACUUGUUCUAUCCCACUGUGUGCAUGACAUGUCGUCAGAGGAAACAACUUUUAUGUAUAGUGCCUAUAGUUCAUUGCUAUCAUUUGUUGAAUUUUUUGGUCUAAUCCUUUGCAAAGAAGGAAACAGUGAACAAUUGUCAAUGAUGAAGAACAUUGAUGGUUGUUGGACAAAAUCAUGCGUCCAGCGUGUAACACAGAAAUUUCUGUUAAAGCACAUGACAGAAGCAAUGGAUGGAUCACUUUCUGUUAGAAAGGGAUGGCUGAAAUUGUUGCAUCAAAUGGUAUUAAAGCUUCCAGAAGUGUCAAACCUGAAAUCACUUACUGUCCUGUGCCACGAGAGUGAUGAAGUCAAUUUUUUUGAGGAUAUAACUGACCCAGUGAUCCGUAAGAGAGUGAAGGCAUUGUCAUUGUUUAGGAAGGUCAUCAGCACAAACAAAUUAUCAGAGUUCAUUAUUGAGAGGGUUUUUAUGCGACUCUACUUCAACAUGAUGUUAGAUGAGAAAGAAGGAAAGGCAGAGCAUAUGAAAAAUGCAUGCAUAGAGACUGUUGCUUCUGUAGCAAGUCAGAUGGAAUGGAAGUCAUACUAUUCAUUGUUGAUCAAAUGUUUUCAGGGAACAUCUAGUAGUCCAGACAAGCAAAAAUUCUACAUACGCCUGAUUUGCUGUAUUUUGGACAAAUUUCACUUUGAACUUUCCUACACUAAAGAACCUAAGGAAUCUUUGGGUGGUGUUUCUGAGCUUGCAGUAGCUGACACUGUUUCUUCUGAUAACAGCAACUGUGGCACUUCUGGUGUGAACCCAGAUAUCCAAACUAGUCUUCGUAAAGUUGUCUUCCCCAAGAUACAAAAACUGCUAGAUUCUGACUCUGAAAGGGUUAAUGUAAAUAUCAGUCUUGCAGCUCUAAAACUGGUUAGGUUACUUCCAGGCGAUGUCAUGGACACGUAUCUUCCCACCAUUUUGCACCGAGUCUGUAACUUCUUAAAGAAUCAUUUAGAAAGUAUCAGGAACGAAGCUAGGUCUGCACUGACUGCAUGUUUGAAAGAACUUGGAUUGGAAUACUUGCAAUUUAUUAUCAAGGUUUUGCAAGGUACCUUAAAACGGGGAUAUGAACUUCAUGUCUUGGGAUACACACUUAAUUAUAUUUUGUCGAAGUGUCUUUCUGGUCCAGUCAAUGGAAAGAUUGAUUACUGCUUGAAGGAUCUUCUUUCUGUUAUAGAGAAUGACAUUCUCGGAGAUGUUGCUGAGCAAAAGGAGGUGGAAAAGAUAGCUGCUAAAAUGAAAGAAACAAGGAGGAAGAAGUCAUUUGAAAGCUUGAAACUGGUUGCACAAAACGUUACAUUCAAAACCUGUGCAUUGAAGCUCCUUGCACCUGUGACAACUCAUUUGCAGAAGCAUGUUACUCCCAAUGUAAAAACAAAAUUGGAAAAUAUGUUGCUUCAUAUAGCUGCUGGUAUUGAAAGCAACCCAUCAGUAGAUCAGACUGAUCUAUUUGUCUUUCUUUAUGGCAUUAUUGAUGAUGGGUUUAAAGAUGAGAGUGGUUGGCAUGAGAACAAAUUGAUGAAAUUGGAAGAUAAGGAUAGGCCUAAAAAUGCUAAAAGAAUCUCUACAGGCCGGGUAGUUGCUGGUGGCUUAUUGGGUUCACACCUCAUUACAGUAUUUGGUCUCAGAAUAUUGCAUAAACGUCUAAAGGGUAUGAGACAGGAUAUGAAAAGUGAAAAUACGUUAUCCUUAUUAGAUCCUUUUGUUAAACUAUUAACUGAUAGCUUAAGCUCAAAGUACGAGGAUAUCUUGUCUUCUUCCCUUGGAUGCCUUACUAUACUAGUGAAACUGCCUUUACCAUCUCUUCAAAAACAAGCUGAGAGAGUAAAGGCUGCUCUUUUUGAUAUUGCGCAGAAUUCAGUGAGCUCUAGUAGUCCUUUAAUGCAAUCAUCCUUAACUUUGCUGACUGCGCUUUUGCGGAACACCAAAAUUUCUCUUACAACAGAUCAAAUACAUCUAUUAGUUAAGCUGCCUAUAUUUGUUGAUCUUGAAAGAAAUCCAUCUUUGGUGGCCCUUUCACUUCUAAAGGGUAUUGUCAGCCGCAAGCUGGUUGUACCUGAGAUAUAUGACCUUGUUACUAGGGUUGCUGAAUUGAUGGUGACAAGUCAAAUGGAAUCAAUUCGCAAAAAAUGCAGUAAAAUCUUGUUGCAAUUUUUGCUUGAUUAUCGGCUCUCAGAAAAGCGUUUGCAGCAACAUCUAGACUUCUUGCUCUCAAAUUUGAGGUACGAGCAUUCAACUGGACGGGAAUCUGUUCUUGAGAUGAUUCACGCUAUUAUUGUCAAAUUUCCAACAAGUGUUUUGGAUGAGCAGUCACAGACAUUGUUUGUCCAUUUGGUAGCUUGCUUGGCCAAUGAUAAUGAUAAUAUUGUUCGCUCAAUGAGUGGAGCUGCCAUAAAGAAGCUUAUUGGUUCUGUUAGUCCAAAUUUGCUGAAUUCUAUGCUUGAGUAUGCUCUUGCUUGGUACUUGGGUGGCAAGCAACAACUAUGGGGCGCUGCCGCACAGGUUUUGGGGCUGCUGAUUGAGGCAGUAAACAAAGGAUUCCGUAAACAUAUAAAUUGUAUUUUGCCAGUGACUCGUCGAAUCUUGCAGUCCACCAUACUUGCAGUCACGGAAGGGCAAGUGGGCUUUUCAGAUGAAUCUACUGUUCCCUUUUGGAAGCAGGCAUACUAUUCUCUUGUUAUGUUAGAGAAGAUGAUUCAUCAGUUCCAUGAUAUAUGCUUCUCAAAGGAUCUUGAGGAUACAUGGGAAUCAAUUUGUGAGUUGCUUUUGCACCCACAUUCAUGGAUACGUAGUAGAUCAGCUCGCCUCAUAGCGUUAUACUUUGCUCGUGUAAAUGCUAGCAAAGAGAACAAUCAAAGCUCCUUAAGACACUAUUAUCUUACAAGUCCAAGUAGACUAUUUUUAGUAGCUACUUCCCUUUGUUGCCAACUCAAAAUGCCACUCUUAAAUGAUGCUGACAGUAACCUGAUGACCCAGAAUAUUGUGUUUGCUAUUUGCGGUGUCCAUUCUUUAAUGGAUGCGCAUAUAGAUCCCCCUGCAUUCUGGUCGACUCUUGAGCAACAUGAGAAGGACCGGUUCCUUAAAGCUUUUGACUUGCUUAAUUCAAGAAAAGGAAGGUUCUUCAUGUACUCGACUUCAACCUCUCUUGUCCGUACAGAUAACAAUCUUCCAAAAGUUGAUAGCACCCAAUACGUACUUGUCUCAAUAUUGCUUCGGAAAAUGGGGAAAAUCGCCCUUCAAAUGGAUGCUAUUCAGAUGCGAAUAGUCUUCAAUAGUUAUGGAAAUAUCAUGUCACGGAUUACGCAGGAUGACUGCAUGCGCUAUGGGCAUGAGGUCCUGUUACCUCUUUAUAAAGUUUGUGAAGGCUAUGCUGGAAAAGAAGUUGAUGAUGAUCUGAAGAAGUUGGCAGAAGAGACCUGUAGGAAAGUGGAGAAUAUUUUGGGUACUCAAAGCUUCGUUCAAAUUUACAACCUUAUCAGGAAGAACCUUCAGUUGAAAAGGAAUAAGAGGAAACAGGAGGAAAAGCUCAUGGCUGUUGUUAAUCCGAUGCGAAAUGCCAAACGGAAGAUGAGAAUAGCUGCGAAGCAACGUGCCAACAAGAAGAGAAAGAUCAUGACAUUUAAAAUGGGGAGAUGGAUGCACUAAUUGAUGGUGAUGUUGGACGGAGGAGAAAAUUUCAGCACAUGGAUUCACUAACCCUUCAUAAUGUUUUAUUUAAAUUAAAUUUUAGAUGAUGUACAAAUUAGGCAUGUCUCACCGGUGAAGGCUUUUUUUUAAUAUAUUUAAACUAGAGUGAGUCCACAAAGAAGUAAAUUAAUUAUAUUAUAUAGUGUAUUUUAGUGAUAUAUUAUUUAAAGAUUGGUUAGAUAUUAUGUAAACUAAUGUUAAAAUUGAAUUGUUUUAUAUUAAAUAUUUUGCAGAAUAUUUAUUUGAUAA